AUGUCGUCAUCUCGUCAGUACUCUCACUCUCCCAGAAAAUCCAAGGCUAACUCCAAAAAGAAAAUGCUGACGUUCAUGGCAAAUCAGAUUGCCAGAAUCAUGCCAAAGAUAGUGUCUGAGAUUCAAACCUCCAGCACUCCCAAUCAUUCUGGCGAUUCUCACGUAGUACAGCCUAAACCAGUCUCAUUCAACUACAAACACUUCACUGCCUGUAACCCCAAAACUUUCACUGGGAAGGAUGGUGUGACUGCCAUGUUGGAAUGGUUUGACAGCAUGGAAGUCACAUUCAUAAAUAGUGAAUGCCCAGAGGAGCUCAAGGUUCGAAGUGCCACUGGUGUUUUCCAAGCCAGGGCACUAGACUGGUGGACUAACGAGAGAAAUAUUCGAUCCAAUGAGCUAGCUUACGCGUUGUCUUGGGAAGAACUCAGACAGCUUAUGAUGGAGGAAUUCUGCCCUCCUCAUGAGCAGCAGAAGUUGGAAGAAGAGUUCUGGACCCUCAAACAGGUUGGAGAUGAAAACCUUGCAUACACUACUCGGUUUAAGCAGCUAUGUUUUAUCGUGCCUCAUUUGGUGUUAACCACAGAACGCACCAUUCGGAAAUAUAUUAAUGGGUUGCCUCCUACGAUGCGUGAUACCAUCGAGGCGGCUAGGUUGGAUAGUAUUGAGGACGUGUACCGCCUCGCGGCAAGUUUGAAUAAUAAUCGAGUUCGUGAUAAACAAGUCGCAGCAGCAUCUAAACCUACAUCCUCCUCAAAACCCGCUCAUCAAAUCACCCACAACAAUAGGGGAAAGAAGCGUGCUCACCAAUCCUCAGUUUGCAACGCUGUUACACCAGUUGAAAAUCCAAAACCUAACCCAGCAAACCCAGAAAAGAAGCAAUACACAGGAUCAAACCCUAAGUGCACCACUUGCCACUUUCAUCACCCAACUACGAGCCCAUGUAGACACUGUACCUCCUGCAAUCGUUAUGGGCAUUUGGCAGCAUAUUGUCGCAAUAACCCAACGACAGCCCAAAACUCAAAGCCAGCAAAUGUGGUCAGGGCAUGUUUCAAAUGUGGGAUCCAACUCACCUACGACCUCAGUGUCCUCAAUUGA